CUUUACCACAGCACAUUCACAUACCCUGAUCACCCCAAAGAUAAAGCAUUCGUGUCAUCUGAAAUCUGCAUGAAAAUCGCCUAAUAAAUUUCUCUGCCGUUUCGUUGUUAAAUCCUAUGCUUUAAUACUGAUCAUCGCAUGUCCUAUCAAAAAGACCUAGCCUUCCUUCGUACCGAUUCAAGAUGGCUUCCGAUAUCUCUUACGAGAAGGAAAAGCUGCUUCCCCCUUCGAUAGAAAGGGAAAAAGACCUCGAAAUCGGAGAGGAACCAUCUCUGAGUCCGGCACCACCAUCACAUCAGAAUCCAAGCACAUACCUAUAUCUAUGGAUCGUUCUUAACAUCCUCGCGACAGUUUCAAUUGUCCCUGUCAACAAAUCGAUCCUGUCAAAUUCACCUUUUUCGAGCUGUCAACUCAGCUUUGUGGCAUAUCAUUUCACCAUAACCGGUUUUAUUCUUUCUUUUGCAGGCAGAUUUGCCAUUGCAAAAUUCAACCCUAUUGAGCCUCCGAUCCUUUCCAUUCUCCCACUGUCGCUUGUCAUGUGUGCCAAUGUGGUACUGAUGAACCUGUCCCUGGCAUAUAGUUCAAUUGUGAGCUAUCAAAUAAUCCGGAUCUUACUAGUACCUCUCACUGCCCUGAUAAAUUUCGUUUUUUAUGGUUCGAAGCUUCCGCUCAAUGCAACAUUGGCACUCAUCCCAGCGUGUGCUGGUGUGGGGCUGGUCUCCGUUUCUAAUCUGCAGUCUAAAAAACCAGAUGACUUAUCUUCAUUGUCUCCCAACACUGAGUCAUCUUCUUAUCUCGGCAUUAUCUUUGCACUUAGCGGAGUGGUCUGCUCUUCUCUUUAUACUGUUUGGGUUGCGCAUUAUAAUUCAUCACUUCAAAUUUCCAGCAUGCAGCUUCUUUAUAAACAGAUACCCCCUUCCGCACUUUUGCUGGGCUUGCUAUCUUUAUUUACAGACAAAUUUCCUAUUUGGAGCACUGUCACCACCCACCAAUGGGGUCUGCUUUUACUGAGUGGGGGUUGUGCAUGUCUGAUCAAUCUGACUUCAGUUUUUGUUAUUCGCCAAGCUGGUCCGGUAAGCAGUGCUGUUGUUGGACAUUUAAAGACAUGCUUGAUUGUGGGAAUAGGGUGGAUGGGGAGUCCAAAUGAUGUGAAAAAUGAGAGCAUCUUAGGUAUUCUUCUAGCGGUUUUGGGGAUCAUCUUCUAUUCCAAUGCUGUUCAGCAUAAAGUGUCCAGAUAGUCCUCUCGGGUUUCUUGACUCGUG